AUGGUUUUCAUGGGAGGACUACACGGAGGUUAUGUCAUGCCGCGGUCAUUUCUUGUGAGGAGUAAGAAGACUCACCUCACUUUCCCAUCAGCAGACUUUUACAACCAGCAGAAUAAACCUCAAGCUGGAGAAGGUCAGCCUGUGGAGGAAGAUGGCAGGGACCUUGAAGAUGUGCUAUGUGUUUUCCCAAAGGAAGUUCUAUCUGAGGGCGAUUCUCCAUUGCAAAAUCAAAGUUCAAUGGACCCCUCCGAAUCUGGUACAGGAAGAUCCACAGCAAAUAUUAAUGCAGUUCUGGACUUUUCUUGUUCAGCAGACAGAAGCCAAACAUCUGACAGAGAGCGACAGCUCGAGAGACUUGUCUUAAUGUUACUCCACCGCACGUCACGUACAGACCUCAGCUAUCCAUUCAGCCAGUGUCCUCUCUGUGAAAAGGCGCGAAACUUUGGCUGUAAGGUGUGUGGAAAGAUGUUCAAGCGCUCUUCUACACUGUCCACGCAUCUACUCAUCCACUCAGACACGAGGCCUUUCCCUUGCCAAUAUUGCGGUAAAAGGUUCCACCAGAAAUCAGACAUGAAGAAACAUACCUUUAUACACACAGGUGAGAAACCACACAUAUGCAAGGUGUGCGGUCGAGGAUUCAGUCAAAGCUCCAACCUCAUCACCCACAGUCGGAAACACGAGGGCUACCGAAUGUUCAGCUGCCCCCUCUGUCACCACAGUUUCCAACGCAGGGUCGACCUACAGCGCCACCAAGAAAAUCCGUGUGGCUGA